GUCUGCAGUUGCCUUUCACACUCCGCUAUGUUACUGCAGAGUGUAACAGUGGCGGUGGUGGCGGUGGUGGUAGCGGCGGUGGUGGUGGGAGUGGAAGGGGAACGCACUGACACAUAUGAGUACGCUCCUCCUGCUCGCUACCACGACUCGGAGGAAUCUCAGGAUUCCGACGAGUCCACAGUCAGGCCAAACUUCAACUACAACUUCGCCGUGAAGGACGACUUCUUCAACAACAACUUCGGCCAGCAGAAGACACGCGACGGAGAGAACACGAAAGGCUCCUAUUACGUGCAGCUCCCCGACGGCCGCCUGCAGAAGGUGACCUACUACGUGAACGGCGACUCAGGCUACGUGGCGGAGGUCAGUUACGAGGGCGAGGCGCGGGAGUACGUGCCGAAGCCGAGGAAAGUGAAAGAGUCUAGAGAGUCUUUGAAAACCUUGUAUCACGGUCAUGAAUCCAAAGAGUCUGAGGAGUCUUACGGCCCCGCGAGAGACUCCUACCGGCCCCGUGAGUCCAGGGAGUCCUACGCCGCUGGGAAGACGUUGUAUGGAUCCAGCGAAUCCAAGGAGUCCAAAGAAUCCUACUCCCAUACAAGCGUGUCCUACCAGUCCCUUCAGUCCGAGGAGUCCCAGGAAGCUGUCUCUUAUUCCGCGCCGCCCAAGACAGUUCGUAAUGAGCAGAAACCCGCCUACACGUACCCGAGCCCUUCACGUGCCCCAGGCCGCGCUUCCCUGCAGGAGACAGUCGCAGCCAAACCCUCACGAAGGCGAUCUAAACAUUCGUCGGAGGAAAGAGAGACACAUUCCUCCUCUUCUCAGUUUUCAUCGGGUCGCUCAUCGCGGCCAAAGGCGAGAGCCUCCGAGGAAAGCCACAUAAAGUCAAGUCGGUCGCAGAGGACAAGAGACUCUGAGGAAAGCGACCCGAGGAAAGACUCCGAGGAAAGUCAAACAUACUCUCUCCCUUCGAAGUCUUCAGAUCAUUCGCAAAGACCUGGAAAAGCAGACUCCGACGAAGAGCCUCAGGAAAUCCCUCACCCCAGCUCAGAGAAGAGUAACGGAGCGAAGGAUUCCAGCGAGGCAUCUCCUUCUGCUCCUUCUGCUUCUCACGAUUCCUAUUCCUACGAGGCGCCUCUCUACGUCCCUCAAAACACAAAGCAGCAACGAAGCUCCUACAGUCCCGUGAAACUGCUGGCGUAGUGCACGCGUUCGCUGACCUCCGUUCUCUUUUCCCAUGUUGGUGCUUCUUGGGGGGACUUGUAUAUUGUUGACCUGUAUUGUGUUUUGCCAAUACUUUAAUGAAUGUGAAUAAAAUGUUGCCGUAUUGAG